UAAACAAAUAUGGAGACGUAUGUGCACGUUUUUACUGUCCAAUUUACUUUUGACAAAUAUUGAUAUUACAUAUUUUUUCUAUGAAUAAUCUUCAUCGGGACUUGUAGAACGAGUCUUUGCCGGUUGUCAGCCCUCAAAUAUAUGAAUUCUAAAACUGAAUUGUUGCAACGUGCAAUGUAAUGGCAGAAAAUAUAACGUUAGAUGCAGUGAAAAAGUGUUUGAGAGACUUCCCUCUGGAGGCACGUGGUAAGUUAACAGCGUUCUCCUCUAAAACAAAAAAAAAGGUGAAGUUUGAAAUACUGUACGUUUGUAACCCACCCCCACAAGCAAUAGCUAUUACUUGCUUGGUAAUGAUCUUUAUUCUUUUCAGAACUAUAUCUCAAUAAAACAGUGCCAUGUCUAGAGCAGCCCUUAUCCCCGCUUGAGUUCUACCGGGAAUGGAUUGGUCCAAAUAAACCCUGCGUCAUCCGGAAUGCUUUCAGUCAUUGGCCAGCCUUGUCCAAAUGGAAUCCCUCCCAUCUCCGGUAUGUGUGUGGGUGUGUGUGCGCGCACUGAAUGUACAGAAAUUAGUAGAGUACUUUCAUCUCCACUUUUUACUUCAGGGAAGUGGUGGGUUCCAAGGUCAUCAGUGUGGCCGUGACCCCAAAUGGCUAUGCAGACGCAGUGAACCGGGACCGCUUUGUAAUGCCUGAGGAGCGACUGAUGACAUUCUCCUCUCUGCUGGAUGUUGUGGAGGGGAAGGUGGAGAGCAGAGGAGUGUUCUACGUCCAGAAACAGUGUUCUAACCUGACCGAGGAGCUACCAGAGCUGACUGGAGACGUGGAGGCUCACAUACCCUGGAUGAGUGAAGCCCUCGGUGGGUUCCAUACCAGAAAUAUACAUAAUCUAGAAUAAGGUUUUGUCUCACAUGGCACCCUAUUCCCUAUAUAGUUAAUCACUUUAAAAAGUAUUGCACUACAUAGGAAAUAGGGUGCCAUUUGGGAUGCAGCCUCUGUGUCCGAAAUAAGGCUCUGACCAUAGGUAGCGCACUAAAGGCCUAAAGGGCCCAUUCCUCCUGACAGAGCUGGUGUAACUGAGUCAGGUUUGUAGGCCUCCUUGCUCGCACAUGCUUUUUCAGUUCUGCCCACACAUUUUCUAUAUGAUUGAGGUCAGGGCUUUGUGAUGGCCACUCCAAUACCUUGACUUUGUUGUCCUUAAGCCAUUUUGCCACAACUUUGGAUGUAUGCUUGGGGUCAUUGUCCAUUUGGAAGACCCAUUUGCGACCAAGCUUUAACUUCCUGACUGAUGUCUUGAGAUGUUGCUUCAAUAUAUCCACAUCAUUUUCCUUCCUCAUGAUGCCAUCUAUUUUGUGAAGUGCACUAGUCCCUACUGCAGCAAAGCACCCCCACAGCAUGAUGCUGCCACCCCCGUGCUUCACGGUUGGGAUGGUGUUCUUCGGCUUGCAAGCCUACCCCUUUUUCCUCCAAACAUAACAAUGGUCAUUUUUUAUCACACCAGAGGACAUUUCUCCAAAAAGUACAAUCUUUGUCCCCAUGUGCAGUUGCAAACCAUAGUCUGGCUUUUUUAUGGCGGUUUUGGAGCAGUGGCUUCUUCCUUGCUGAGCGGCCUUUCAGGUUAUGUCGAUAUAGGACUCGUUUUACUGUGGAUAUAGAUACUUUUGUACCUGUUUCCUCCAGCAUCUUCACAAGGUCCUUUGCUGUUCUGGGAUUGAUUUGCACUUUUCACACCAAAGUACGUUCAUCUCUAGGAGACAGAACGCGUCUCCUUCCUGAGCGGUAUGACGGCUGCGUGGUCCCAUGGUGUUUAUACUUGCGUACUAUUGUUUGUACAGUUGAAUGUGGUACCUUCAGGAGUUUGGAAAUUGCUCCCAAGGAUGAACCAGACUUGUGGAGGUUGUGAAUUGUUUUUCUGAGGUCUUGGCUGAUUUCUUUUGAUUUUCCUAUGAUGUCAAGCAAAGAGGCAUUGAGUUUGAAGGUAGGCCUUGAAAUACAUCCACAGGUAAACCUCCAAUUGACUCAAAUGAUGUCAAUUAGCCUACCAGAAGCUUCUAAAGCCAUGACAUCAUUUUCUGGAAUUUUCCAAGCUGUUUAAAGGCACAGUCAACUUAGUGUAUGUAAACUUCUGACCCACUGGAAUUGUGAUACAGUGAAGUAUAAGUGAAAUAAUCUGUCUGUAAAGAAUUGUUGGAAAAAUUAGAUGUGUCAUGCACAAAGUAGAUGUCCUAACCGACAUGUCAAAACUAUAGUUUGUUAACAAGAAAUGUGUGGAGUGGUUGAAAAAAAAGUUUUAAUGACUCCAACCUAAGUGUAUGUAAACUUACGACUUCAACUGUACACACAGUACAUACAUUUUUUAAAACGUGACUGGGAUAUUACAAAGUCAGAGACAGAAAAUAAACGAACACAAAAGAUUAUCAAACAUAGAAAGUGAAUGGUGUCUCUAGUCAGCAUCAGAUAGAAGUAGAGGCAGUUUGGAAAGGCAGUCUCUGGUAUGGCUUGAGUGGAGAAAGGGGCAUCAAUUGUUAGUCAGGGUCUGGGAGAAAGUCAAUCAGACAGACAGAGCUCUUCUUCGGGUCUCUGCCAUCUCCGACGUUCAUAUUUUCCUAGUGGUCCUAGUCCUCCAUUGACAACAGUGUAGCACCCAACUGGGUGAUGCUUCAGCUGCUGAAUAGCGCCAGAAAAGCCACCACACAGCGCCAGUGGUUAGGAAAAGUCUCUUUGGCUCCUCUGCCAUCUCAGGACACUGCAUGCAGUCCUUAUAAUUCCAGGCUUCAGUGUUUGCUUUUUUAUUUUCCCCAGGGAAGUUACCAGAUGCAGUGAAUUUCUGGUUAGGAGAAGCCAGUGCAGUCACGUCGAGUAAGUAGUGGUCUAGUAACACCCACAUUGAGAUGGCAACACGUUGAUGGCUAUUUGCAUGUCUUUGAUGCAUAGGAUUACUGUAAAGUUACAGAACUAAGGGCUCGAUUCAAUCAGAUCCACUUUAACCAACAUCCGCAUAGCAGUUGAUUUGGCGGUGUAUGAGGUGGAACUGCAUUAGAGCUGUCAAAUGCACAAGUGGUUCCCAGCAUUAUACCUAAAGCGGACAUUGCCAUUGGCUGCACAGUCACAUGAACAGAAUUCCCAUGCAGCCGUGUUUACAAGUUUGAACACUGGAAUGUGAGAUGUAAUCUACACCUCGAUUAGGAUGAUUGAAAUCCUCAUUUCGUUAAUGAUUUUUCAAUCUGAGCGUAAUUAUGUCUAUAUAGCCUACACUUUCUUGUUCUGAACUUCUAACGUGUGGGGCGGGUGUGGCUUUGUGCCAGUGAUGCAAAAGCAGCUGCUCACCAAUCUAACGGCUCCAACGCAGUUCCACCUCCGACACCGCCAAAACAUACGCUAUGCGGGUGUCUGCUCUCGCCGGUUAACAUUUGAUCUGAUUGAAUGUAGGCCUAACUACCUUUUUGGAUUUUCUGAACUUGAAAUCAGUGUAUUUGUUUCCCAGUGCAUAAGGACCACUAUGAGAACCUGUACUGUGUCAUCACUGGAGAGAAACACUUCAUCCUUCUCCCUCCGUCUGACCGGCCCUUUAUCCCGUAUGGUAAGACAUUCAACAGUCUCAACUAUAUAUUUCUAUAUACAGUAAAUGUACAGUACCAGUCAAAAGUUUUAGAACACCUACUCAUUCAAGGGUUUUUCUUUAUUUUUACUAUUUUCUACAUUGUAGAAUAAUAGUGAAGACAUCAAAACUAUGAAAUAACACAUAUGGAAUCAUGUAGUAACCAAAAAAGUGUUAAACAAAUCAAAAUAUAUUUUAUAUUUGAGAUUCUUCAAAUAGCCACCCUUUGCCUUGAUGACAGCUUUGCACACUCUUGGCGUUCUCUCAACCAGCUUCAUGAGGUAGUCACCUGGAAUUCAUUUCAAUUAACAGGUGUGCCUUGUUAAAAGUUUAAUUUGUGGAAUUUCUUUCCUUCUUAAUGCGUUUGAGCCAAUCACUUGUAUUGUGACAAGGUAGGGGUGGUAUACAGAAGAUAGCUCUAUUUUGUAAAAGACCAAGUCCAUAUUACGGCAAGAACAGCUCAAAUAAGCAAAGAGAAACGACAGUCCAUCAUUACUUUAAGACAUGAAGGUCAGUCAAUACGGAAAAUUACAAUAACUUUUAAAGUUUAUUCAAGUGCAGUCUCAAAAUCCAUCAAGCGCUAUUAUGAAACUGGCUCUCAUGAGGACCGCCACAGGAAUGGAAGACCAAGAAUUACCUCUGCUGCAAAGGAUAAGUUCAUUAGAGUUACCAGCCUCAGAAAUUGCAGCCCAAAUAAAUGCUUCAGAGUUCAAGUAACAGACACAUCUCAACAUCAACUGUUCAGAGGAGACUGUGUGAAUUAGGCCUUCAUGGUUGAAUUGCUGCAAAGAAACCACUAUUAAAGGGCACCAAUAAGAAGAAGAGACUUGCUUGGGCCAAGAAACACAAGCAAUUGUGACGAGUACUGAGUAUACGAAGAGGCAGGACACAGACGCAGGAAUAAACAAGGUCAAGGUUUACUUAACAAUGAGAACGAGAAAUAACAAACAUAGAGUAAACAACACGAAGCUUAACAAUCACACAAAACAUCAUCCAGAACAGUCCAGGGCUAAAUUGGGGUGGUGAUGAGGUGCAGGUGCGCUGGAGGUGAUUAGGGUGCGUUGGGUUUCCAUUCCGGUGUUGCCGAGGUGUGCGCUCAGACCGGUGGCUUAGUAGACUGGCGAAUCAGAGCGCCGGAGGGGAGUAAUGGGAGGAGACGUGACAGUACCCACCCCCCCAUGAUUUGGAGAACCGAUCUACGACUACCAUGACUGUGGUGAAGCCGUCAGAACGUGGAAGGUCGGUGACAAAGUCUAUGACAGGUUUGACCAAGGUCGCUGAGGCACUGGGAGAGGAACUAGUUUGCCUGCCGGGGCGUUCAGAGGUGUCUUCGUUUGGGCACAUACGGAACAGGAGUUGACAUAGCGGGAGACAUCAGAAGCCAAGGUGGGCCACCAGUAUUUUUGGGCUAGAGAAUGCAGGGUGCACGUAAUACCAGAGUGCCCUGCCGUAAGGGUAGUGUGCGCCCAGAUCAGCAGGCAGUCACGGACACUGGUGGGUACAUACACGCGCCCCGGAGGGGCGUUGGCAGGCGCUGGGUCCUCCUGAGCCGCCAGACGGAUGUUUUCGUCCACAUCUCAAACGACAGGUGCCACGAUGAGAGACGAGGGCAGGAUAGGACCCCCCAGAUCCUUCCUUUCUCCGGUAUGGUGCAUCCUGGAGAGUGCGUCGGCCUUCACAUUCUGGGAUCCUGGGCGGUAGGACAGAAUCAAUUAGAAGCGAGUGAGAAAUUGGGCCCACCUGGCUUGACGAGAGUUCGUCCAUUUCGCUGCCCGUAUGUGCUCCAAAUUCCAUUGGUCAGUAAGAAUCCAGAAUGGAUGGACUGCACCCUCCAGCCAGUGUCUCCAUUCCUCCAGAGCGAGGACCACCGCCAACACUUGCAAGCAGCCCCCUUUUUCCUCCAAACAUAACGAUGGUCAUUAUGGCCAAACAGUUAUAUUUUUGUUUCAUCAGACCAGAGGACAUUUCUCCAAAAAGUACGAUCUUUGUCCCCAUGUGCAGUUGCAAACCGUAUUCUGGCUUGUUUAUGGCGGUUUUGGAGCAGUGGCUUCUUCCUUGCUGAGCAGCCUUUCAGGUUAUGUCGAUAUAGGACUCGUUUUACUAUGGAUAUUGAUACUUUUGUACCUGUUUCCUCCAGCAUCUUCACAAGGUCCUUUGCUGUUGUUCUGGUAUUGAAUUGCACUUUUCACACCAAAGUACGUUCAUCUCUAGGAGACAGAACGCGUCUCCUUCCUGAGCGGUAUGACGGCUGCGUGGUCCCAUGGUGUUUAUACUUGCGUACUAUUGUUUGUACAGAUGAACGUGGUACCUUCAGGCAUUUGGAAAUUGCUGAAAAAAAGGAUGAACCAGACUUGUGGAGGUCUACAAUUUAUUUUCUGAGAUCUUGGCUGAUUUCUUUUGAUUUUCCGAUGAUGUCAAUCAAAGAGGCACUGAGUUUGAAGGUAGGCCUUUAAAUACAUCCACAGGUACACCUCCAAUUGACUCAAAUGAUGUCAAUUAGCCUAUCAGAAGCUUCUAAAGCCAUGACAUCAUUUUCUGGAAUUUUCCAAGCUGUUUAAAGGCACAGUCAACUUAGUGUAUGUAAACUUCUGACCCACUGGAAUUGUGAUACAGUGAAUUAUAAGUGAAAUAAUCUGUCUGUAAACAAUUGUGGGAAAAAUUACUUAUGUCAUGCACAAAGUAGAUGUCCUAACCGACUUGCCAAAACUAUAGUUUGUUAACAAGAAAUUUCUGGAGUGGUUGAAAAACGAGUUUUAAUGACUCCAACCUAAGUGUAUGUAAACUUCCGACUUCAACUGUAAACUCAGCAAAAAAAUAAUCGUCCCCUUUUCAGGACCCUGUCAAUCAAAGAUAAGUGUAUGUAAACUUCUGACUUCAACUGUAAAUGGGACGGCUGUCAAUCCUUUGGUCCUUAAAUGAAACUGGUAUACUUUUUUAUUUAUCACAAUUUUCUUUAAGCAAUUAUGUUAUUUAAUGCAGGGCCGACAGACAAGUUCCUUACUUUUUCCCCCUUCCACUUUCCUCUUCCAUUUUUGCGGUAAUGCUGCAAUUAUUUGGUUGUAAUUUUGGGAGAGCAGACAUUUCCAUAUGUUUUUGUUAGCUGCAUGUGCAACAUUACUCCACCAGUCCUACCUAUGAUAUCAUUUGCGAAGAUUAUACCUUUAAAAAAAAAAAUAUUCAAAAAAUAAUGGUUUUCUAUGAAUUAGUAUAUUUGAGUUUAACCACAAUAUUUGUUGCAUUAUUUGUUCUGUGGUUUCUGGAGGAUUAAAUUGAAAUUGCAACCAACUUUCUAUGGCUUGUUUUAGAAAUAGUGAUAUUUGGGAGAUUAUUUCCUUUUCAAAUAACUGAAAGUGAAAGGUUGUAAUCUGAAUAAAGGGAAAAAGGCCAUUCUUGAACAUGGGGUGAGACAAUCUGACUAAUUUGCUAGAGAACCAGUUUGGAUUUAAGUAUAACUUUUGUAUAAGCUUUUAUUGAUAGGUCUAAUGCUUUAAUAUUUAAUAAUUUCUGUUCUCUGAAUUCAUAUUCAUUAUAUAAAUAGGCCUGUUUAAUUUUGUCUGGCUUGCCGUUCCAAAUAAAAUUGAAUAUUGUUUUCUCAUAGAAUUUAAAAAACUGUUCGGUAGGUGUAGGCAAGACCAUAAGCAAAUAGGUAAACUGUAUUGGAGUGAGAUCAUUUAUUUCUUUGUGAGAUGCGGUGUGGGUGAACGGAUGAUCUCCACAUGCGUAGUUCCCACCGUAAAGCAUGGAGGAGGAGGUGUUAUGGUGCUUUGCUGGUGACACUGUCUGUGAUUUAUUUAGAAUUCAAGGCACACUUAACCAGCAUGGCUACCACAGCAUUCAGCAGCGAUACGCCAUCCCAUCUGGUUUGGGCUUAGUGGGACUAUCAUUUGUUUUUCAACAGGACAAUGACCCUCCAGGCUGUGUAAGGGCUAUUUUACCAAGAAGGAGGGUGAUGGAGUGCUGCAUCAGAUGACCUGGCCUCCACAAUCCCCCGAUCUCAACCCAAUUGAGAUGGUUUGGGAUGAGUCGGACGGCAGGGUGAAGGAAAAGCAGCCAACAAGUGCUCAGCAUAUGUGGGAACUCCUUCAAGACUGUUGGAAAAGCAUUCCAGGUGAAGCUGGUUGAGAGAAUGCCAAGAGUGUGGAAAGCUGUCAUCAAGCCAAAGGGUGGCUAUUUGAAGAAUCUCAAAUAUAAAAUAUAUUUUGAUUUGUUUAACACUUUUUUGGUUAUUACAUGAUUCCAUAUGUGUUAUUUCAUAGUUUUGAUAUCUUCACUAUUAUUCUACAAUGUAGAAAAUAGUAAAAAUAAAGAAAAAGCCUUGAAUGAGUAGGUGUUCCAAACUGUUGACUGGUACUGUAUAUAUAUCUAUAUAUAUAAUUGUACAAUAUUAGACACACUAAAUUGAGUCCAUGUCAUGUUGUGCAUCCUGUUAUUUUUAUGAAAAGCCCACUUUGUGGCCGUGUUUUUUUUCUCAGAGCACUACCAGCCUGCAGUGUACAGACAGAGAGAAGACGGGGACUUCGAUGUGGUUGAUGUGGCAGAUUCAGACAAGGUGGGUUUGAGUGAAGUGAGCCUAUUAGUUUAUUUUGGAUAGGAAUCCACUGGCAUUCUACAAUCAUGAUGUCAAAACCUUUUCCAGGCAUUGUGAUAUCUGAUGAUCUGUGCAGUGAAACAGCAAUUCCCUUUCUCUUCCCAGGUUCCUUGGAUACCAUUGGACCCGUUAAAGCCAGACCUGGAGCGUUACCCUGACUACCGCCUGGCACGCCCACUCCAUGUUACUGUCAAGGCCGGGGAGAUGCUCUACCUGCCCUCUCUCUGGUUCCACCAUGUCCGCCAGUCUCACGGUUGCAUUGCAGGUACUACAACUAGUCCUUGCCGAUUUUAUAUAUCAAUACUGUGACUCCCAAGUAUCAAUUUGUAAAAAAUAUAUAAUCGCAAUACAUAUCGUAUCUGCACCGAAGUAUCGUGAGGUUCCUGGCAAAUCCCAGCCUUACUAUUGAGGCUCUGUUUACAAGGAUCAUGUAUGUAUCUUUAAACAUGUUUUUGUUUCCUUCCCCAGUGAAUUUCUGGUAUGACAUGGAGUAUGACAUCAAAUACAACUACUUCCAGCUGGUGGAGUCGCUGGCUGGAGCUGUGGGGCCGCUUUGACAUCACAUUAAAUUAAUCUGAUAUACCAGCAAAUGUCGUUAUGUGGUCUCUCAAAUUGCACCCUAAUCCCUUUAUAGUGCACUACUUUUGACCAGGGCCCAUAGGGCUCUAGUUAAAAGUAGUUCAGUAUAUAGGGAAUAGGGUGCCAUUUGGGAUGUAUCCUAUGUAAAUAAAGCGCUCAGUCUGAAAAAACUAGUUGAGUGUAAUAAAUAUGUUUUUAUUCUCCAGCAGAAAGAGAAGUACAGGGAGGGUAUACAGUAA